AUGUGGUCCCCUCGGCUUUUAGCUUUGACGCUCCUGUGCAGCUCUGUUGCUGCACAGACCCCAGCUGGGUUCAGUCCGGCCGCCAGUGCGCAGCUUCGUGUCGUCUAUGGCUCCAAGGCUGUAAACCCACCAGGAACAUCUUUCACAAAGGCCGAGACUGCAUCUAUGCCCGUUUUCGGUGUCAAUGACAACCUGUCUGGGACAUAUCUCUUUGUUAUGAUUGAUCUUGAUGUAACCCUCAACGCCCUCCAAAAUAGACAACGCGGCGGAACCAAACAGAACCUCCUCCAUGCCAUGAUCCAGGACGUCAAACCCUCGGGCAAGACCAGCGCCGACGGCUUCCAAAUCCUCAGCUCGACCGCCACGGGGCCUACUGCUUACCUAGGCCCGUCGCCACCGGCCAAUCAGCCCGCUCACCGCUAUACUUUCCUGCUGUUCGAGCAGCCCGCAAACUUUGCCGUUCCCACAGGCCAGCGCCAGGUGCUCAAUCAGCGCAUCGGCUUCGACAUGACCACCUUUUCUCAGCAGGCCGGGCUCGCUAUGCCCCUGUACGGAAACUUCCUAAACGUGACGGGCUAG